AUGUGUUCUGCUAUUCAUCUUCACAUAGGGGGAGCUGGAGUUAUGAUAGGGAAUGAACUUUGGAAACUUUAUUAAAAGGAAUAAACUGAAACAAAUGUCAAGAGUUACAUUUACAAUGAAAAUGAGACUAAUUAUUUUCCAUUAACUCUGUUUAUGGAUUUAGAUGAUCGAAUGGUAAACGAAGUCAAAAAGAAUAAAUUAAUAAAUUAUAAAACUAACUCUUUUGUUACAGGCAAGGAAGAUGCAGCAAACAACUAUUGUAGGGCACAUUAUACAAUUGGAAAGGAAAUAGUUGAUAAAUGUUUAGAUAAUAUUAGAAAGCAAGUGGAAAGCGUAGACCGAAUAGAUUAAUUUAUUAUUACCUCUGCUUUAAGUGGUGGAACAGGAUCAGGUUUUACUUCUUUGCUUUUAGAAAGAUUAUCUGUUGAAUAUGGAGCCAAGGUAGAUAAAAAUGCAUUCUUAAUUUAUCCAUCUAAAGAAAUAUCUAAUAAUACAGUGGAUGCUUUUAAUGCUGUUCUAGCAACUCAUGUGACAAUAGAACAUUGUGAUUCAGUCGUUAUGUUGGAUAAUGAAUCUAUGUAUAAAUCCAUAGAUGAACAGAUUGGCUUGGACUAUGUUGAUUAUACUCACUUAAAUAAUUUAGUAUCCCAAAUAAUUAGUUCUUACACUGGUUUAAGAAGAUUUUGUAAUAUUGACAAUAGUAAAUUAUUUACUGGGCUUUGCCCUUAUCCAAGAGUUCAUUUUGUAAUUCCUUCAUAUGGACCAUUAGCCUCUAUUAAUGAUUAUAAUAAUAAGGAGUUAACUGAAAAAUAACUUAUAUCAUAAAUAACAAAAUAGUCUUUAAGGUUAUUUCAAUCAGAAAUACAUCCUGAACACAUUUGUGCAUCUUUAGUACAUCGGUCUAAAUAUCAUAAUCAAUUUUUUGGUUAAUAAGAUUUGACUCUUUAAAAGAUGAAAAUUAAAAAUUAGGACAGUCCUAAUGUGUUUGAAUGUUUAUCUGCAAAUUACACAACUAUUCCAGAACUUGCACAAUUGAAGCAAACUGGUAUAUUUCUUUCAAAUGAUGCUUCCUUGUUCAAUUACUUUGAACUGCUUGGUAAGAAGUAUGAUUAUGUCUAUGCUAAAAGAGCAUUUGUUCAUUGGUUUGUUGGAGAAGGUUGUGAAUCAGGGGAGAUGUCUGAAUGUAGAGAAGAUUUAGCAGCUCUUAGCAAAGACUAUGAAGAGUUGACAGAGGGAGCAUUGAAAUUUUGUGAAAUGUUAGAAGAGGACGAUUAAGAAUGA